UCUCCCAGUCCUCCGAUGUAGGUGGGAAGAGAAGGAGCACCCAACACUAACUAACACCAAACACCAAAAGCCAAACGAACCCAGUCUGACGGCCCUCAGUUAAGGGCUGAUGUAAUUAUUCAUUUAACAUGUGAGACUGUUUGACACGUCUUAUCCACACUAUAUUUAUAAUAAUUUAUAUAUACAUCUGUAUCUCCCCCCGGUCCCCUGCCCCUUUUGAGUUUUAUUUAACCAGCGGUCCAGCAUCCAUUGAACCACAUGAAAGCGGCCACCAUGAGGCGCUAUCUGCCUAAUAUCACUAACUUCCGUCUGGGGUUCACAACUUUCAAUUGCUUCUUGGUCGAUUCUGAAGUUGGAUCCUAUCGAGGUACACAUGAUCACAUGAGCAAAAUGAUGUAUGCAACUUCCUGUGUUAGCCUUUCGGAACAUCCUCAGAAUGAUAAAGAGAAAGAGAAAGAAAAUCCUGUUUCUGAUAUGUUAAUUGAUUCAUUUGGAAGGAUGCACACUUACUUGAGAGUAUCCUUGACAGAGCGUUGCAAUUUACGUUGUCAGUAUUGUAUGCCAUCCGAGGGCGUGGACCUCACUUCUAGCCCUCAAUUACUGUCACUCAGUGAAAUUCUUCGCUUGGCUAAUCUUUUUGUAACUUCUGGUGUCAAUAAAAUUCGUUUAACUGGUGGGGAGCCUACUGUUAGGAAAGAUAUUGAACAAGUAUGCUAUCAUCUGUCUAACUUGAAAGGUCUUAAGACACUUUCCAUGACUACUAAUGGACUCACCCUUGCUAGAAAACUUCCUAAGCUAAAAGAGUGUGGCCUUACUCAUUUAAAUAUUAGCUUAGACACAUUAGUCCCUGCAAAAUUCGAAUUUUUGACCAGGCGCAAAGGCCAUCAAAGGGUUCUUGAGUCCAUUAAUACUGCUAUAGACGUGGGCUACAAUCCCGUCAAAGUGAAUUGUGUAGUGAUGCGUGGGUUUAAUGAUGAUGAGAUGUGUGAUUUCGUAGAGCUGACACGCGAUAAACCAAUUAACGUUCGUUUCAUUGAGUUCAUGCCUUUUGAUGGAAAUGUUUGGAAUGUCAAGAAGCUUGUAUCAUACUCGGAGAUGUUGGAUACAGUGGUAAAAAAGUUUCCUGGACUUAAGAGAAUACAAGAUCACCCAACGGAAACAGCCAAGAAUUUCAAGAUUGAUGGGCAUUGUGGUACUGUCUCUUUCAUCACAUCCAUGACUGAGCAUUUUUGUGCUGGUUGCAAUAGAUUGCGACUUUUGGCUGAUGGGAACUUCAAAGUAUGCCUCUUUGGUCCUUCAGAGGUUAGCUUAAGGGAUCCCCUCCGACAGAAUGCGACUGAUGAUGAGCUCAGGGAAAUAAUUGGGGCAGCGGUCAAAAGGAAGAAAGCUUCACAUUCUGGGAUGUUUGAUAUUGCAAAGACAGCCAAUAGACCUAUGAUACAUAUCGGUGGCUAAGGCUCGGUAUGCCCUUCCCAAGAACCCCUUAUAGCUGUUUGUUCUCAUUUCUGUCGUAAUAAAAACAUUUUGGGAGGUUUGAUAAGAGAAGCUUAUGCAAGGAUGGUUUCCACAUGAUAACAUUAUGAUACAGUGGCCUUAAUAGAAUCGUUUAAGGGGAUCUUCUCCACAAAUUUCACUUCCUAGAAUCCUCAAUGGAAUACCAUGCCCGGUUUACUCUUGGGUCUCCUCCUUCUCCACCUAAGAACUAGUCAUAAACAGAUCUAAUGCUGUUUGGGUUGUUGAUUGAUGCACAUGCCUGAAUGAGUUGUCUUCUUUAGUUUCCACUGAAACACUCCCUUAUAAAAUUUGGAAACAUAUUCAUUGGAGCAAGGUAUGACAUGCUUUUGAUAUAGUUUACAUAUGAAUUUAUCAACUCACUAGAUCACUACAUGGCUGCGGUUGUAGCAGAUUUUGUUGUGCUACUUGGACACGACAGAGAAUUAUCUGGUUUUGAUGCUGCUGAUGCCUCCCAAUAUCAUUAGUUGGAGGGGAUUCUGCGAAACAUCCACUUUUAUUGAGCAUCAUUAUGAUAGACGAUGGUUGGAUGGAAAAUAAGACAAACACUUAUUUCCAGAUUCUCCAUCAAUUUACUGUGUUUUCAGUGAGACUUGUUAGUGGUUUUGACUUUGACAAAAUUAAGUACAGGGGUAUAAAUUCCUCAACAGGAACAUGCUGAUUCUCAGAUUAACAUUGAGCCAUGCCAUGUAAAGAUAAAAGCUGUAUUUUUACAUCAAUGGAAGGAUAGGUGUUGCUUUUGGUCAUGACAAUUGAUCUCUGAUGGGACGAUAACAGAAAAGAGUUUUUCUGAUGUACUGUGGUUCUAGAGAUAGGUCUCUUUCAGUUUGUGUUACAUAGUUAUGUGUAAGUUGAAGAGGAAAAAGGUUAAAGUAAGAGUUCUUGUUGCAUAUUUUUUUACUCUUUCUUAGGGACUUUCAUGUGACUUGAGUUUAAGAGUUAGAAGUUCAUUGCUCAAGUCACAGCGUCCGCACUCCAUCCAAAGGGAUUGUUCAUUAAAGUUUGUAGUUUUCAUCAACUGAUGACCAGACACUUGUUGAAGAACUUUGGUACUAAAACUGCAUAUUUGGCUUGCUUUUUGAGUCUUUAUAUGACACCUGUCUUUCAAUCUGUUUUCAGCAUGUAUUCAAAAGCAUAUACAAAUGUGAUCUUGUGAUCGCAGAUCUUGUAAUUUAUUUCCUUUAAUAACGUCUGAAAUUAAAUAUGUGACAGUUAAAUCUUUCAUGGAAUGAAAUUUGUGUGGACGGUGUUUAAAAAUUGAUUUAUCCUUUCAGGUUGCACGGAGUUCAAUUUUUGAUACGGAACAGGGAUUGAGCUGUUUGUUUUCUCAUUUAAAUAUCCUCUGCAUAAAGGAUGUUAAAUAUGAGCUUCUCAUUCUGUUACAAGCCCUGGGUGCUAUAUGUAGAUGCAAGUAGCUUGUGAAGGGGACAAGAUGGUUGACCAGAGAGGAAUCUUUAAUGUCUUUCUUUCAUAUGUGUGGAUGUUGUAUUACAAGUGAGAAUGUAACUAAUGUUCGUGGAUUUACAGUCGAAAAGAGUUUAUAAAUAUUUUCGAGUGAGGAACUAUGAAGUUUUGAUAAUUGAUAGUUCAUGGUGUGUUUUAUUUUAA